AUGGCGACUUUGACCGCAUUACCUUACUCUUAUAAGCACUAUGACAGCCUCCCAGAUAUCAUGGAUGCUGCCAAUGCACUUGCAUCUACAGGAAUCAUCCAUACGCUUGCUUCUUCCAUUGGCGAAAUCUUCAUCAAAUAUGGGGUUGAGAACACGUUCGGGCUGACUCUCUUACAUCGACACUUCGAUAUGGAGGCACAUGAGAUAUUGGUCGGAUUUGGCAACGUCUCCGUACCAUGGGAUGUUACAAGCAAUAAGGCGGAGAUGCAUCGCAUCACGCCAAUAUCUUGGCGUUAUACUGCUGAUGGCAUUGUGCCGUAUGAAUUCAGUGGUGAUGAGACCAUGUCGCUGCCCAGCGAUAAGAGCUAUGAUGCUUUUGUGGAGGAACUGGGCAAUUCCCUUCGAAACCUGCAAGUCGACCAGCUUUUCGGCCUCUGCCAUGUAGGAAACUCCAAUAUCCAAAGUGCUGGAACAAUGGAGUUCACCUCUGGUCGGGCUAAUGUCACUGUACCCAAUUUGAUGUGGAAUCUUCAAACGGACAGCGCAGCAGUUGAAGCGGCUUGGCAGUUCGGAAAACAAGGUGAAGCUACUUAG